AUGGAGGCUGGGAAGCGCAGCUCCUCUCCCGGCAGCCGGGACGAGGGCAGCGCCAACGCCUUCCCGGCCAAGCCGGCGGCCCCGGCGGAGAAAGCCCAGAGCAGCCCCGGCGGUGGGGGCAGCGGCGUGAAGGAGCAUGGCAACUCCGUGUGCUUCAAAGUGGACGGCGGCGGCGGGGGCGAGGAGCCCGCCGCGGGCUUCGAGGAUGCCGAGGGUCCCCGGCGGCAGUACGGCUUCAUGCAGCGGCAGUUCACCUCCAUGCUGCAGCCGGGGGUCAACAAAUUCUCCCUCCGCAUGUUCGGCAGCCAGAAGGCGGUGGAGAAGGAGCAGGAAAGGGUUAAAACUGCGGGGUUCUGGAUCAUCCACCCCUACAGCGACUUCAGGUUUUACUGGGACUUAAUUAUGCUCAUUAUGAUGGUUGGAAACCUUGUCAUUAUACCAGUUGGAAUCACAUUCUUCACAGAACAAACAACAACACCAUGGAUUAUUUUCAAUGUGGCAUCAGACACUGUUUUUCUAUUGGACUUGAUCAUGAAUUUCAGAACUGGGACUGUUAAUGAAGACAGCUCUGAAAUAAUACUGGACCCUAAAGUCAUUAAGAUGAAUUAUUUAAAAAGCUGGUUCGUGGUUGACUUCAUCUCAUCAAUACCAGUGGAUUAUAUCUUUCUCAUUGUAGAAAAAGGAAUGGAUUCAGAGGUUUACAAGACAGCAAGAGCACUUCGUAUUGUGAGAUUUACAAAAAUCCUCAGCCUGUUACGUUUACUACGCCUUUCAAGACUGAUUAGAUACAUACACCAGUGGGAAGAGAUUUUCCAUAUGACAUACGAUCUGGCCAGUGCUGUGGUGAGAAUCUUUAAUCUGAUUGGAAUGAUGUUACUGCUUUGCCACUGGGAUGGUUGUCUUCAGUUUUUAGUACCAUUGCUCCAGGAUUUCCCACCAGAUUGCUGGGUGUCCCUAAACGGUAUGGUUAAUGAUUCCUGGGGAAAACAGUACUCAUACGCUCUCUUCAAAGCCAUGAGCCAUAUGCUCUGCAUUGGUUAUGGAGCCCGUGCCCCUGUCAGCAUGUCCGACCUCUGGAUAACCAUGUUGAGUAUGAUAGUGGGGGCUACUUGUUAUGCCAUGUUUGUUGGUCAUGCUACUGCCCUCAUUCAGUCUCUGGAUUCUUCACGGCGACAAUAUCAAGAAAAGUAUAAACAAGUGGAACAGUACAUGUCAUUCCACAAGUUACCUGCUGAAAUGCGCCAGAAGAUCCAUGAUUACUAUGAGCACCGCUACCAAGGCAAGAUCUUUGAUGAAGAAAACAUUCUCAAUGAGCUCAAUGAUCCCCUUAGGGAGGAGAUUGUCAACUUCAAUUGUCGGAAGCUGGUUGCUACAAUGCCUCUUUUUGCAAAUGCAGACCCAAAUUUUGUGACUGCCAUGCUAAGCAAACUGCGAUUUGAGGUGUUCCAACCUGGAGAUUAUAUUAUCCGAGAAGGGGCUGUAGGUAAAAAGAUGUAUUUCAUUCAGCAUGGUGUUGCUGGUGUCAUCACCAAAUCCAACAAGGAGCUGAAGUUGACAGAUGGCUCUUACUUUGGAGAGAUUUGCCUUUUGACCAAGGGCCGUCGAACUGCCAGUGUACGAGCAGACACGUAUUGUCGCCUCUACUCCCUCUCAGUGGACAACUUCAAUGAGGUUCUGGAAGAGUACCCCAUGAUGAGAAGAGCCUUUGAAACAGUGGCAAUUGAUAGACUCGACAGAAUAGGGAAGAAGAACUCCAUCCUCCUCCAGAAGUUCCAGAAGGACCUCAACACAGGGGUUUUCAACAACCAGGAGAAUGAGAUCUUGAAGCAGAUUGUCAAGCAUGAUAGGGAGAUGGUGCAGACCAUCGCCCCAGGGAGCUUGCAGCAGAUGCCUGUGCUGAACUCCAGCACCUCUGCCACCUCCUCAUCCCGCGUCAGGACGCAGUCCCCUCCUGUUUACACUGCUGGCAGCCUGUCCCAUGGAAAUCUGCACUCCCCCUCGCCCAGCACACAGACACCCCAGCAAGCUGUCAUCCUCUCGCCCUGCUCCUACACCACUGCCGUCUGCAGCCCGCCUGUACAGAGUCCCCUGGCUGGCCGAACUUUCCAGUACGCCUCGCCGACAGCCUCACAGCUUUCCCUCAUGCAGCAGCAGCCACAGGCACCCCAGCCGCCGCCAGGUGCUGCACCCAAGAACGAGGUCCACAAGAGUACCCAGGCCCUCCACAACACCAACCUGAGCCGGGAGGUGCGGCCCCUCUCCGCCUCGCAGCCCUCCCUGCCCCAUGAGAUCUCCACCCUGAUCGCCAGGCCUCACCCCACCGUGGGGGAGUCCCUGGCCUCCCUCCCGCAGCCUGCCCCCGGUGCCAGCGUGCCGUCAGCCAGCCGGGCCACUGUCCCCCAGCGGGUCUCACUCUUCCGACAGAUGUCCUCGGGAGCCAUCCCCCCGAACCGGGGGGCAGUGCCGCCCACAGCACCCCUGCAAAGGGAUUCUUCUGCAGUCUUAAGCACAGAGUCGGAGGGAGACAAACCACGGUUCGCGUCAAACUUAUGAUCCCUGGUGACUACGAGAAACAGACUUGCAGCAAACUGAGAGCCGUCCCAGGAACUGUUUUAGCCUGUUUCCUCGGUA